AUGAUGUCCAGGAGCCAGUCGAGUUUGGGCUUCCUAGAUGCAGGCCAAGAACCUGCCGCAACAGGCGGUGUUUCGCCUUCGUUCAACCAACAACCCUCGUCCGGACCAAUCAACUUGUCCGGGUUGGUGUGCAAUGUGCGUCGAACCACCGGCAAGGAGCCUCACCCCCUGGUCGGGGCUACCACAACCAUUCUGGGAGACAAAUUAUAUGUUUUUGGAGGCCGGAUCCUCUCACGAAGUCGCCCCAAGUUGACAGCUGACCUAUACGAAUUGGAUCUGAUCCGGCGACACUGGAGUAAGAUUGAAGCGACAGGAGACAUUCCUCCACCACGCUACUUCCACAGUGUAUGUGCUCUCGGAGAUAACAAGCUGGUUGCAUAUGGUGGCAUGUCACCUGCUCCUGCCCCCAAGGAGCCAAACCCUGCGUCUGGCUCGGACACCCAGUCGGAGGUUGUCGUCAUGUCGGAUAUCCACAUUUUCGAUGUCCCAUCGCGGACGUGGACUCGAGUUGCGUCACAUGAGUCACCGCAAGGACGAUACGCUCAUUGUGCCACGAUCAUCCCAUCAAGUGCUCAUUUCACUUCUGCCCGUGCACCGUUGUCGGCUAUCCAUCAUAACCCUGAAUCCUCCAACCCCCACCAAGGCUCAAUAGGGGUGGACAUUGAUGGCUUCGGUGGGGCUGAAAUGGUGGUCGUUGGUGGCCAAGACAGCUCCAACCAUUACAUUGAACAAACUAGCGUUUUCAAUCUUCGAAGUCUCAAGUGGACCAACACUAGUCCUCUCGGUCGCAGCUGUGGUGCUUACCGUAGUGUCGUCGCGCCCCUGGUGGGUAUGGACGUCUCCGAGAUUGGGUCUGCUGCCCCUGACCGAGAUACCCAUGAGCCGAUUGAGGAGUCGGAGUCGCCGGGUUGCCCCAUGCUGAUCUAUUCCAAUUACAAUUUCCUCGAUGUCAAGCUGGAGCUGCAGGUGCGCUUGCCGGACGGGCGCCUUGUUGAGCGACCGAUGCAAAGCCAAGCAUCCCCCCCUGGGCUGCGAUUUCCCAAUGGUGGCAUUAUAAAUGGCCAUUUCGUCGUCAGUGGUACUUACUUGACUUCUUCGAAACAAGAAUACGCUCUUUGGGCUCUUGAUUUGAAGACCCUGACAUGGGGACGUAUCGACGCUGGCGGGUCCGUGUUUGGACAUGGCAGCUGGAAUCGUGGUAUUCUUUGGCCACGCCGCAGCUCAUUUGUGAUCCUUGGACAUCGCAAGCGUAGCCUGGUUGAUGAUUACAACCACCGUCGGAUCAACUUUUCACAUAUCUGUUUGGUUGAGCUUGAGGCCUUUGGUCUUUACAACAACCCCUCUCGUACAUCGUCAACAUCAGGAUAUAAGUCAUACAGCUCACCUUCGGUUCCAGUCUCUCUUCAGCAAAAAUUGGCCCAAUUGACGACCGGUGGACGACCGCUGUCAAACGCCUCCAAUGAACUGGGAAAGCUGGCGCUUUCUAUGCACGAGUUCUCCGACAUGGAGCUUCAGGCUGUUGGCGGAGAGCGCAUCCCUGUGAACUCUCGUCUUCUGGCUCGACGCUGGGGACCCUUUUUCAUCCAGCUUCUGCGAGAAUCGUCGGAAGGUGGAAUUGCGGACGGCGGUACUCUUCGCCCUGCCCAGAUUCACCCAAGUCGGAAUUCCAGCAUCACCAUCACCCCGUCUAUUGGCCACAAUAGCCUUUGCUCCAAUGCAACGACCCUAGUCAAUCCCUCUGCUCCCUCUAAGGCUCUUCUUGAAAAUCUGGAAGCACCCUCUGCCCAUGGCCUCGCCCCGACCGCCAGACCGCGCGUACUCUAUCUUCCUCAUACCAUUCUUACACUUGAAGUUUUCGUUCAGUAUCUAUAUACAUCCGCUCUUCCACCUCCCGGCUCUUCCCUGUGCACACCACAGAUCCUCUGUUCCCUCCUCCAAUUCGCGCGACCUUACCAGGUAGAUGGUCUCCUGGAAGCCACUGUCGAGCGACUGCAUCAGGUCCUCGAUGGUCGCAACGCGGCGGCAGUCUUCAACGCAGCAGCCAUGGCAGCAGGAGGUGGCCGAGGUACCGGCUUCACCGGUGGGCUAGGCGGCACAUUGGAAGCCCUUAAUGGCUCGCAAAUUGGCAACGGCUCCAUGCACGAUAUUUCCGAGAGCGCAAAUUCCCAUAGCAGUGCUUUAAUGACCUCUGAUUCGUCCGAUACAGAGCAUGGCGCUAUGCCUCCCUCCGCCGCCAGCAGCACGGGGGAUCUCACAAGCCACACACGGGGCAUUCCAUCCCUCCGCAUCAACACCAAUCUACGUGGUCGACAGCACCGUAACGCUCACCACGACCGCGAACGCGAAGAAUCAAUCAGUACUGCAAGCACUGCCACCUCAGCCUCUAGUGCUAGCUUCAGCCACUCUGACUCGGAAUUUGUCAGCGAUACGGAAAGUCGCUCGCAGUCCCGCGCUCAUCAGCGCCGUGGCACGGAUGCAAGCCGUCCAUCCCGUGAGAUCUGGACCGGCGAUCUGUCAAGUGUCAUCGGUCUACAGAAGCGAGGACUGCGUGGUCUAAUGGAGGGUCGUCGUAUGCGUGAGCGAAGUGUGAAGCCCCCCAGCGUGAGCAGUGGCUCAACUUCUGUACCUCCGUCUGCUGGCUCGGGAGAACACCAGUUCCCCAUGCAAGGCGUGGCCAGUUAG